AAUAUGGUGUCCCCCACUGUACAUACUAGGCAGCAGCGGGGUUGAGCCUGGUUGAGCGGGAUGAUCUCAAUAAGGAUGACCGAUUGUCCAUCCUCCUUCACUUGCUACAUACUCAGCAACGUUUCAAUUGCUAUCGUUGUUGAAUGUUUGACGUCAGAUCUCCUCCAGCGACCGAAAUUCGAUGAGCAAUCGCUUUUGAAAGACAUAAAUAGCAAGACUGCAUCGUUUGCUAGGAAGCCAUACCUCAAAGGCACAGAUAUCAUCUUCCCGUUCACAUUUGGCAAGUAUCUUGACUUGAUUCGCCAGUUUCUUCAAUUGAAUCAAGCGGAAUACGACUUGAUGGUCGACCUGAAAAACGUCCAAGGCGAUGUUAUUAUUGGUUUGCAGAAACGGCAAGAAGCGUUUUGGUUUGGCACUUUAAGAUCAGAUCCAAGUUCAAUCGAAGGCUUUCGCAAAAAUCUGAAAACCCACUUACUUCCAUUAAUUACAACGACACAAGGUGUUAUUGAUGCACAAAAGGUCAUAGAUGAUCAUCAACGAAAACAGAAAAAAGGGGAGGCCAAACAAUGGCUUCCGAUCACCCACGUUAAUUUGGGAUUUGCUUAUAACGGGUUAAAGAAGUUGGGCUUGAAGCCGGAGGAGAUCCCUACCGGCAGGGACGGGGUAUUUUCCAAAGGUCAAAAGCUUGACGCCGUGAAAAACUUGGGAGAUCCGAUGAUUCAAGCAACAAAAAAGUUAAAUACCUGGUCUCGCGAUUUUUUGGGCGAAGUUAACACGAUCGAUUUCGUCGUCCUGAUCACUGCUCCGGACUCGAAUUUAUUAAAUCAAAAACUCCAUCAGGUUCGCAGGAUGUUCAAUGGGUUUUUGUCGCACUCUUUCCUUCGUCAAGGUAAUGUCAGGCCCGGUGAUCAGUAUGCCAAUGAGCAUUUCGGAUUCCCGGACGCGAUUUCCAUGGCGAAGAUUAAAGGUGUAAAUGCGCGAGCAGAAGAUCGAAAGGCUGGAAUAGUUGAACCAGGGGUGAUCUUACUCGGCUACCCCUCUGCCAAUGGGAACAGCACCGCUCCCGAUGCCAAUCAAGCAUGGCUCAAGGAUGGAUCUUUUAUGGCUUUCAGAGAACUUCGACAACUCGUACCCGAAUUUCACCACUUCUGCGACGAGACUGCUAAAAAUAUGAAGAAUUUGAAUGUAUCUGGUGAUUUUAUUGGUGCUAGAAUCGUGGGGAGAUGGAAAUCAGGAGCACCGCUUACCUUGGCUCCAAAGCAUGAUAAUCCAGCGUUAAGUACAGCUCAAGAUUUUGAUUAUUCUGACGAAUUAAAACAAGAACGUUGUCCCUAUGCUGCUCAUAUCAGGAAAAGCAAUCCACGUAAUGGCAUCCAAGGCGCGGACCCCCAGAAAACCACCUUGCCUCACCUCAUGAUCAGAAAUUCGAUACCCUACGGCCCCGAGCUCACAGGGGAAGAGAAAUAUUUCAAGAGAACAAUAGAAAACCGUGGUUUAUUAUUUGUUGCUUACCAAAGUGACAUUGUGGCCGGAUUUCAAUUCGUCCAAAAGGCAUGGUGUAAUAACCCUAGUUUUCCACCGCAAACGGCCCUCAACGUAUCAGCUGGAUUGGACUUGUUGAUCGGUCAACACAGCGAUGGAUCACCACGAACUGCUCAAAACAUUACACCAUCGGUCCCAGGAGGUAAUGCAGAUCCUCGCAACACGGUGACCGCAUUUCAACCUUUUGUUGUUCCUCUUGGGGGAGAAUACUUCUUGAUGCCAUCAAUCAAAGCCAUAAAUGAAAAACUUGGCCUUUGACCGCCAGACCGAGCAAAGACUUGCAGAUUUUAUGCCCCUGCAAUCACUGCGACCGGGUGGGCGCUCUGCAGAGCGGAAAUUAUCAGUAAAUCAGAUAUAAAA